UUUCCUAGCAAAUAUAGUGAAAGGUUAUUUGUGACAACUUAUUCACGUAAGUAAUCUUCGAGUAGCUAUUCAUUUGUUUCUAGUACUGUUGCACAAAGGGUUUCGAAUCUACCCUUCAAUUUUAUCGGAAAAUUAAUAAAUUUAUAUUUAAACGGUUUUUGCCGUUCGAUACUUAUUAGUGUAGUUUUUUAUUGUAGAAUCAUGGAUGAUGUAGAAGGGAAGCCUGAAGACAAACCAGAUGUCUCAAAAACAAGGCGUAAGCAUGUUUCUAGCGAGUCAAGCAGCAGUGACAGUGACUGCUCCAGUUCCUCAGAUUCGUCGAAGUCAGAUUCGAAACACAAGCGCCGUUAUCGCAGCAAAAAAAGGGGGGGCCGAAAAAAGUCCCGUCGCAGGCUCCAUACGUUAACCAAACAAGUAAACGAGCUGCGAGCACUUGUUAAUCCUGAUAACUAUUACGCUCGUGUCGAUAAUAGUGAUGCAUAUUCUGUGGUUUCGGAUAAUGUCAGUCGAGAACUUUAUACCGAGGCGGAACCUCAGCCGGGCCCAUCUCAACCUUUUGUUUUGGGCCUCGGAACCAAAUUAAAGGAACCAACAAUACCCGAUGCUACGGAGGAGCAAAUAAAACUUUUGUGUGAGGUGCAACGCCUCGAUAAUAAAGGCUGGAAUGACAUACGCUAUUCCGAAACUCAGAAAAUCUACAGUAGGUCCCCGGGUUACACUGAUUUAGAGGUUAACGAAGAGGUUAAACAGUAUGACACAUAUCCACAUUUGGUGCAUUCCGACAAAGCGUAUGGCGCCCUUACGUUUUGUUUGAUAAAACAACAAGAAGCCCUGCACGCUGCAGUGGCAGAAAUACUUGAUUAUACUAGAGCUGGUGGAGAGUUUUCGUACGAAAGCUUUCGUGAGAAGGUAAGUAGCGUCCUUUUGGGUGGUGACCUUUUCAAAGUCUCUGAAGACAUGUUACAACUGGUUUGUGGACACAGAGCCGAGGUGAUAAACAUGAGACGAAAUGGAAUCACGAAGCAUAUCAAAGAGCCUUUGCUUAAAGCAGCUAUACGCAAGAUACCGCCAUCUAGUUCGUCGUUGUUUAACGCCGAAGAAUUCACAGCCAAAAUUGAGCACCAUGGUGGAGUUCGUAAGUGUUUCUGGCCCCUGAAAAAGACCACUGUUUCGCAAACAGAUGAGUUUAAGGCCACUACAGGCGUUCCCUCGCAGGGAACAGCGCCUCAUAAAGCGCCCUCGCAGGGCUAUUGCAAUCAUGCACAUGCAAGCAACACUUUCACAUGUAAUGCUCAUGCAUGCCAGGAAAAUGCUGCCGCGCAGCCGUAUAUGCCCCAGCGGGGUAAUUACAAUCAUAAUUAUCCUUCGCAAGGAUAUAACAGUGGAUUUAAAGCUGGGCCCAGUGGUUCCUUUCGGGGACGUCGGUCAAGACAAUACCAGCAGAAGUCCCAAAAUCAGCCUAGAACCGCUCGAAAACGAGGAGCUUCCCCCGCGGGGUACAGAUACAAUAAGAGAGGUAAAUAUUGA